CACCGUCGAGUAAAAGCGAAAUUAAAAGUUCAAAUAUUUGCAGCUUACUUCGUAAACGGGCUAUGGCGUCGGAGACUCAAAAAGUAGUAGUUCAUCUACGAGCCACCGGCGACGCACCGAUUCUCAAGCAAUCCAAAUUCAAGAUUGGUGGAGAUGAGAAGUUCUUAAAAGUGAUCGAUUUUCUUCGUCGUCAACUUCACCGGGAGACAUUAUUCGUGUAUCUCAACAGCGCCUUCUCACCAAAUCCUGAUGAGCUAGUGACGGACCUAUAUAACAACUUCGGUUUUGAUGGUAAAUUGGUGGUGAAUUAUGCAUGUUCCAUGGCAUGGGGAUGACUACUACCAAGAUCACAUCACUGUACAUAAGGUAUGUGUCCUGUUUAGGACUUGGAGAUUGCUAUUCAAUUCCCAUUGGUGCAAGGUUUCGCUGUAGUUCGUGUUGCAUUCAGCUGGCGAAACCGAUUGUGUAGGACUUGGCAAUGGGGAUUAUGAAUCUCUUUCUUUUGGUUUCUUUGCAUCUUCUCUGUUAGUAUUAGCUGCAGAUGGAUCUUCUACAAAAUUGAUUGAGUUCAAAACUAUCUCUAAGCAUUGGACA